ACGUUAUCUCCCAAACGUAAUAUUAUAUACUGUACAUGUAAUACAUAGUACGCCCGAAACAAAUCAGUAUCAUAAAGUCAGUCGGGCAGAAUGUUUGUGACACUACUAGCUGUGACCAUAUCUACAAUAUUAAUAUACGUCAUAUACAAGUAUAAGGCAGCACAUAACUAUUUUGAGAAGCAUGGGUUGAAGUAUAAGGCAGGGAUUCCGGUUUUCGGGAACAGUUGUAAGAGCACUUUCUACAAGAGACACACUUUUGAAGAUAUAGACGAGAUCUACAGAGCGUUUCCCGAUGAAAAAUACGUGGGCUACUUGGAGGCUAUGAAGCCGGUAAUAAUAAUCCGCGACCCGGAGAUCAUAAAGGAGAUAACGGUGAAGCAGUUCGAUCAUUUCGUUGACCACCGGCAGCUGUUCUCGCCGGAGAUAGAGCCCCUGAUCGGCGGGAGUCUGUUCUUGAUGAAAGUACACCACUUCGUGGACCACUGGCAGCAGCUGUUCUCGCCGGAGAUAGAGAGUAGAGACCCGGUUCGGUGGCAGCCUGUUGUGUGA